AUGGGGUUAAAAGCAGUUCAUUUCGGUGCUGGAAAUAUUGGUCGAGGUUUUGUUGCUGAAUUUCUUCACAAAUCCGGAUAUGAAGUUGUCUUCUGCGAUGUCAUGGAUAGCAUUAUUCAAAAAUUGCAAACGACUCCUUCAUAUAAAGUGAUUCAGGUUGGAGCCGAGGGAACAAGCGAAGAAAUCAUCACCAACUACCGUGCGAUCAACUCGAAAACACAUGAGGCCGAUGUUAUUGAGGAGAUUCGAACCGCUGAUGUUGUGACAUGUUCUGUUGGUCCCAACAUUCUUAAGUUCAUUGCACCUGUCAUCGCUAAGGGUAUCGAUGGCCGAUCCAACGAUGCUACCCCGAUUGCUGUCAUUGCUUGCGAGAAUGCAAUCGGUGCAACUGAUACUCUCGCCAAUCACGUCAAAGGCGACCAUACCCCCGAACAUCGUCUUGAUGAUCACCACGAGCGAGCACGCUAUGCCAACUCUGCCAUCGAUCGUAUCGUUCCCGCUCAAGAUCCCGAUGCAGGACUCGAUGUCAAGCUUGAGAAAUUCUACGAAUGGGUUGUUGAUCGCUCACCUUUCCAUGAUCACGCACCUCCAGCGAUUAACGGUAUCAAGUGGGUUGAUGACUUAAUACCAUAUAUUGAGCGUAAGCUCUUCACCGUCAACACUGGACACGCAGCUGCUGCAUACCACGGAUACUACCAUCAGAAAACCACAGUUUAUGAUGCUCUACAAGACCCUAAGAUUCUUAAAGAAGUCCACAUGGCGUUGGAGGAGACAAGUAUAUUAAUUGUGGGAAAGCACGGCAUUGAAGAGCAGGAACAAAAGGACUAUGUCGAAAAGAUCAUUGCCCGAAUUGGGAACCCGCAUCUAGAAGAUGCAGUAGAAAGAGUUGGUCGUGCACCCUUGCGCAAAUUGAGUCGAAAAGAAAGAUUUAUUGCCCCAGCAGCUGAACUUGCAGAAGAAGGAAAGGAAUUUGGUGCACUAUUAGACGCUGCUGAGAUGGCUUUCCGUUUCCAGAAUGUUGAAGGCGAUGAAGAAUCCAAGGAGUUGGCUAAGAUCAUGUCGGAAAACUCACCCGAACAAGUUGUGGAGAAAGUCUGCGGAUUACAAUCUGAUCACCCACUAUUCCCUCACGUGGUAGCGGUCGUGAAGAAGGUUCAGGCUGAUGAGUAG